AGCAAACUUCAGUCAUAGAGGUAAUAAAUAGCAAACACCUGAUAGGGUUAAUAAGCUGGACUAAAAAGAGUUAUUUAAGUUAUAGAAUGCUAUUAGUUUUCUUAUAAAGCUAGUAACGUGUAGGCUGUUAUUAUAGUGAUUUUCAGAGGAUGACAUUAAUAUUGAAGAUACGGUUUUUUUUUUGUUUGCUUUUUUGGUAGAGUGCAGCUGUCGCUAUUUAAAGCAAUUUGCUGUCUGUCCACUGAAAGGAAUCACUACCUGCUGCAGGAAUCCGGGUAUACAGAGCUUACUGUAGCUACAAGCGGAUAGGCAUUACAGUUUAACCCCUUAAGGACCAAACUUCUGGAAUAAAAGGGAAUCAUGACAUGUCAUACAUGUCAUGUGUCCUUAAGGGGUUAAUGUAACUCAUUCAUAUGGAGAAUGGAGUUUUUGUAUGGCAACAUGUCCGUAAUGGGAUCAAAAAUAUUAGGGAUUCAAACACUAAACUCUGAAAUAUGAAAGACAUAAUGUACGCAAACAAAAAAAAAAUAUGAAUAAAAAUCUCCAACUCAGGUAUGGCUACAGAUUGGCUUUUUAAAAUUUAAUUCUAUAAUUCGGAUUUUAAAUUAUUGCUAUUCUGAGUUUCGUUACAAAUAUAACAACUACUGUUUGUGACACAUUUUGUUUCUAAAUUGCUAUUUUGACAGUUGUAGUGAUUUCUUUAAAAAAUUUAUGGAAAUAAACAAUGCGCACGAUAUGUUGAAAUGUAGUGGAAGAAUGCAAUUAUAUUUAAUUCAUGCCUCUUAUGUUGUGUAUUUUAUUAUUUGAUAUAAUGUAAAAUCUAAAAAUUACAAAGUAAUAUUAUCUUAUUGAUGCAUACAAACGUUACAUGCAUAUCAUAUUUGCUUCUCUAAUAUGCUUAAUAAAUGGAAUAUAUAAACAUCUAUCUAUCUAUCUUGUAUUUCUUAAAAUGUAGGAUAUAUUUCCAAAUUAAUUUAAAUUAUGAAUCAUUACUAGAGAAUUAUAAGCUUUAUUACAAGCCAUAGUGCAUAUAUAAUAUGUACGUUUUUAUUAAAAAUAACUUGGAACGUUUUUUUUAACUGUGUCUUAUUUAUGCUUUUAUCUCCGUUAAAUAUAUCUCAAAUAUAAUAUGGAAUAAUUUGAACACGUCAUUCUAGAAGUGUAAUAGGAGCUCAAGGAAACGAUUGUGUCUUAAAAUAAUCGUAAUAUUAAUAACUAGCUGUGGUCCUUAGUAGCCUAUUAUUUGCAAAUGUCUUGGGACACCUGCAAACAUGUCAACGAUAUCCACGUUGUUUCUCAAUAGUUACAGUUGUAUGAAAUACAAUUACAAUAUGUAUUAGAAUGUUAAAGUAAACAGAUUCUGCAACAUUUAAAGGAAACAUGUACAAGAGCCAAAUAUAUUGUAUGAACUAGAAAUGAAUAUUACAGUGAUCCUGUAUUGUAAGGAUACAGGCACCAUCAUUACUGCAAGGAUACAUAAACGAAUAAGCUACAUACUUUCAAUAGCACUUAAGUAAUCAGAUUAGUUACCAGGCAGACUUAAAUUAGUUCCCAUAUAAUUGCCAUUGCUUACAAAGACUGUAAAUUGUUGACAAAUGUAGUGUAUUUUCAAAGGCAUCUAUGUAUUUAUUCAGCAUUUAUUAGUAAAAAUAAAAAAUGAAAGUUUCAUAAUUGUGUAUGUCUGUAGCAAUGUUGAUACUAAUUUAUUAAAACCACCCACCAGAGCUAUAACCAAAAUACAGAUUAGAAUAAAGUGUACACUGUUUCCUGCAGUGGGAGAUACUAUGAAUACAUUUGCCUAAUUUUUAAUCUUAUUUAUUAGAUUUUUUUUUAAAUUAUUUGUGUAGUGUCUCCUCUGGAAAUACCAGGUAAAUAACAAAUUUUAGCGAAUUGCAAUUUUAUUUGCAAAUAAAGCUAAUUUGAAGAAAUUCUCUGACAUAACUAUAGCCACAUCUUGGCUAUUUUAACCUCAGUUUAACAUUUCAAAUUUCAAUUUGCUACAAGGCAAAUUUGCAAAAUGAAUUCAUCUGCUUUUUGCAGGUGAAGCAACAAACAUUUGCAUACCAUCUGCGCAAGCAGUCAACAAGCCAAUGAUUAAAAUAAUGAUUCGUAACAUAUUGUACAUUUAAUAAUAUACAUUUAUUAGCCCAAAUACAUUUUCUUUUAAUAUAUUGGGGAUAUUGGACCCCUUUGUUGAGUAGACCCAUUCUCCCUUGGAGUUUAGCUAUAGCAAUGGUGCUUAUGAUUGCUUUUUGUAAUGAUAACUUGAAUUAGAAUUAGCAGUUGUCUGUUUGCAAUGUCUGCCAAACCAAAUUGUAGAAAUUAGGCCGAAAUUUAUUCACACAGAUAAAAGGGGAAAUGGGGGCACACCCGGAACCUGCAUUUCUCAGCAGUGGAGACCAAAAUUCCUACAAAAUACAGAUUAAGAAAUAGUACACAACAAAAUACAGUUUAACAUUUUACAAGGCUACUUAAAAUCGCCUAUCUCAACAAACAAAUAAAAGUUGUUGUUUGUCUACCAUGUUAAAAUUAGUGUAAGACCCACUAAUAUUGGGGUACUGUGAUGUAGUGGUGGGCUUAACACUAUAUGGCCAUAUGAACCCCCAUAUAGUGUUAAGUCCACCAUUACGUGACAGAACCCCAAUAUUGGUGGGUCCUACAGUAAUUUUAACAUGGGAGCCCAAAAACAUCUUUUACUUAUUUUCUGAAAUAGGUGAUUUUAAGGAGCCUUUGUAAAAAUGUAAAACUGUAUUUUUAUGUGUAUGCUGUUCCUUAAUCUGUAUUUUGUAGAAAAUUAUUUCUAGGCAGCCAUUUGCCAAUUCUGUUUAAUUUCACGGGGCUAUGUGUGUUUUGUCCUGCGUUGAAAUUAUUUGGUGCUGUAAUUUGAUAAUUCCGUAUCAUUCGAGAAUAAAGGGAUAAAAGCCGGAGUACGUUCACAUCCAUUCGGAAAAUGCCUGUCAUUUGUUGAUUGUUUGUCUAAAAUGUAUUUUUCGGGAUUUAUAGUUUUAGGAUCCUUUUGGUUUUUUAACCAAUAAACCAUUUUGUCAACACACAGCCAACAAAAGUUUUUUUUUUUUGGUAAUUUAAUUUUUAUUAGAAAAAUAAUUCUCCUAGUCAGAUAUGUGUUUUCAGUUUGGUCUGAUAUUUUACAUUCACUUUGAACUCCUGACAAUUCCCACCUUAGUGAAUAAACCCGUUGGAAUAAAUGUAAUAAUUUUACAAUAUUGCUGUAAAAGCCUAUUUUUUUAUUUUAUUAAUGAACCCAUUUCUCACAUUCAUUCACUGGACAAGCUGUGACAGUUACCACUCACUGGGUUUUAUUUAUUUUGCUGUUUUAAUUUGUUUUAUGAACAUUAUGGCACAUAUUUCGUGGCUUGCUUAUAGAGCUGUUGCCCUCCCCUGUGAUUAGGGUCACACCGGGAAAAUGCCCGGGUCUACUCUGAGGUAAAAUUUCCCGGCAUCCUUCCCGCCUCAGUGACAGGAGAUAUUGCCGCCGCACGAGCCCGCCUACAGCUCCUCUCUACAUCUGUUAUACAAGUAGCCCCGCCCCCCCAGCCGUCACCUGACUCGACCCCCUGCUGUGUCAGUUAGACAUGACCCCGCCCCCUAGCAGUCUCUUUUUAGAGGCUGACAUAAAUAUGACCUGGCUCCGCCCACCAAUGUGUUUAUCCACGCCUCCUCAAGGUGAAUGUUUGCAAGUCACGCCUAUUUCUAACAGUCUGAUAGAGUCCUAAACACCAGAGACACAGCUGCGACUGUCUCAAAACAACUAUCAGUCAUUCUUGACUAGACAAAAUGUUCAUGUGAAUACAGUAUACUGCUUGGGGAGCGCAACGCCUGGUGGGUUAUGGAUAAGCCGGUGCGGUUCUGUUGUCUCUAGUGUUUGUCACUCGGUCACGUCGUUGCGUUGCGUGUCACGUAUCGCCCCGCCCCUUUACCCUGGCAAUGGCUCCAGCUGCUGCUGUUGUGGUGCUGAGCUGAGCAGGAUGGAUUUCUCCGAGGUGUUCAAGCUCUCCAGCCAGCUGGGCAGGUUCUCCCCUGAUGGCAAAUACCUGGUGAGUGUGGGUCCAGCUUGCCCUGACACCCUCCAGGGGCUGAGGGUGAUGGGAGUGGUCAUGCACAUGUUGGACAUGCUCCAGUGGGGUGUCCUCUCUCUGUAUACUAUCAGUCUGAUUAAUAAUAUUGGGUCAGUACAGGUGUCGAACAUGUGAGCUGCUAGCCUUUUGAAUUACUAUUUUCUUCAAAACAAAUUAGUUUCACAAAGUUGAAUGGUGCACUUUGGAUGCUUUGAUCUAUGAAAGUUUUUAUUUUAUUUUAUUGUUUUAAAGUUUAAACAGAUUCAUUAUCUCCUUAAGGACACAUGACAUAUCUGACAUGUCAUGAUUCCCUUUUUUCCCCCAGAAGUUUGGUCCUUAAGGGGUUAAAGGAGCACUCUAGUUGUUAUGGUGCUAGGAAUGCCCUGCCAGCUGUAGUGGUUAUGGUGAUUGGAGCAUUUCUUUAACUAUACUGCGAGUUUUAGCAAAAUAAUAAUAACCAAGCUGUGUAUGUAGCUGAGUUGGAGAAGGUGCCUGGUAGACCCUAGGUAAUUUUGUCAAACCUUUCUCAAAUGGUUUUAUUCUUUAACCAGGUUAGGUGCCAGGGUACUUAUUCUUGGUCCUUGUCGUGUUCUGCUAACUUGCGUUCGUUAUGAUAAAUACUUUAAAGGAACACUAGUGUUAGGAAUGCAAACCUGUAUUCUUAACGCUGUAGUGUCCCACUAAUGAUUUGGUUGACCCCUCCUUUUUCACUUUUACUUGCUUUUCAGCGCUUGCUGCGCCAGUCUCUGUUCAGGGACGCAUUAAGAGGCUAGUGCCAUGCUGUGCCAAUUGAAUGCUCUCUGUGAGCAGCAUUUGAUUGAGAACCAAUUCUAACUUGGAUCGCACAGCGGAAGCAAAGCCGCAAGAAUUAUGUUUAACCAUGCAGUAAAAACAUUGCCGUUCCUAAAAAGGGUAAAAUUGUUUUUUUUCAUUGCUGGGUAACUGCACCCUGAAAACGUCAUUGAGAUGAAGUGGUUGGGUGCCUUUAGUGGCGCUUUUAACCCUGUAGUGACCAAGGACGUAUCAGGUACAUCCGACAAAAAACAGUUCCUAAAGACCACGGACGUACCGGAAUUAGAGCGCUGGAAGCGGUCAUGAUCGCUUCCAGCAGCUUUAAUGGUGUUGCAGCGAUGCCUUGAUGUCGAGGCAUUGCUGCAAUACCCUCCUCACUGUCGCCCACGUGGUGCCCGGCAGUGUAGUGCAGAGCAUCGGAAGCCAUCAGGCAGGCUUCUGAUGCUCUGCAUGUACUCAGUGCCUCAAGGGGUCGAGGCACUCAGUUUAAAAAAAAAAAAAAAAAAAAAAUUAACCCCUACCCUCCCUUUCUCAUGUACUUAACAAUCGCUACCGGUGAUUGGUCUAAUGCUUCACUGGGGGGACUGUCUGACAGCCCAGACAAUCCCCACUCUAAAAGAGCAGUCACAUGGCUGCAAUAGGUGUCCACAGUGCUGCCAGGCAGUCCCCCUGUUGGUGAAAAAAGUAAAAAAAAAAAAAAGAAAAAAGUGAAAAAAAAAUAUAUAAAUAUAUAUGCCAUACUAAGUUUAGCCCCACCUCCAUGGCUGAGAUUAUCAAUCUUGACAAUCUCAGCCAGUUAGAUGCUUCCCAGUUGUAAAGCAUUGGGAGACUAUUGCGCAAGCAACUAAUCAACUUCUCAUAGAGAUGCAUUGAAUCAAUGCAUCCCUAUAGGGAACAUUAACAUAGGUCCUGCACAGUGUGAAGCACUAACCCAGGAAGCACCUCUAGAGACUGUCACCAGACAGCAAAGUGCUAUCUGGAAAUUCAGUACUUCCAUUGAAAAGCGUUUGGGGCAGGAUAUAGACUUCAGAACAACUACAUUAAGCUGUAGUGGUUCUGGUGACUAUAGUGUCCCUUUAAGAAUUGUAUUUUUGGCGUUGAUUCCCUGGCUCCUAACUUUUCUAGCUGACUGCUAGAUUCCAAGCAAAUUUGUCAAACCCUGACUUACCAGAUACCAGCGCCGAGGUCCUUUUGGUGCUUGGUCGGGCUCUGCCUACGUCAGCUGAUGGGGGAGGGAAACCUUUGCGAAUGUGCGUGAGGUGCCGUGGGUGCAGCAGGCCUUCCACAUAGGAAAGCAUUGGCUCAAUGCCUUCCUGUCAGGUUUUGCUUGACACUGGAUGUCUGCAAAGUGUGAGCAUGUCCAGCGUUGCUUCAUGCAGUCCUACUUGCAUUGCAGGUUUAAGGGAACAGGGACACUGCACCCAGAGCACUUCAAUUAUCAUGAGGGGGGAUAACCAGCAGAAAUAGGGGCAGGGUCACUAUAAUGUUAAGAAUAAAGAUUUAAAUUCCUAACAGUAUAGUGUUCCUUUUAACAUUGGAAAAUACAGUGGUGGGAUUUAUUAGAUGAAAACCGGAUUCAAUACUAAUUUUUGGGGUGAAAGUGCCUCCAGUGCCUAGCGUGGAAGACCUUGUUCAGUAUUUGGUUCAAGGUACGUUUUUAAAGAUGAUUUAUUAUUUAUUUAUUUUUUUAAAUUAAAUUUCGAGGGUGGAGGUGCGGUGUUGUUAAGUGUCCAGUAGGGAAUAAUAAAGCUGAAAAGAGUUUUAUAGUAAAGAAAAUGUAUAUAUUUUGCUGCAUUCUAACAUGUCAUACCGCUCUUAUUUCUGUAGGCAUCAUGUGUACAGUAUAGACUUGUUAUCCGUGAUGUCAAAACAUUACAGAUUUUACAGCUGUACACUUGCCUGGAUCAAAUUCAGUAUUUAGAAUGGUCUGCAGAUUCCAUGUUCAUCCUUUGUGCCAUGUACAAGAGGGGCAUUGUGCAGGUAAGAUCAAAUGAUGGUAUUUUCUAUAGGAUUAUAAUGUUGAAAUCAGUAGGCAGUAAUUGAUUGAGAUCUAUAAUGAUUUAAAUGCUUGGAGUUGAAAGGAAUUCUGUGCUCUACAAACUAUGCAUUAACUUCUUAAAGAUUUAAUCAGUACAUUCUGACGGAGAAAUCACAUGCAAAUUUAUAGAUGAAAACAUAUACAUAAGCAAAGAUUUUGCCUGUUUUGACGAUUGCCACCGUAUUGGAUGUAGGAAAAUUCAUGGACGUAUUGGAUGUAGGAAUAAGUCAUCCCAUAUUCUCUAGCAGGGAAAUUACUUAUUAGGCAUUGUCACUUCCCUAACUUGUGGGCUAACAGAUGCCUAUAGCCACUCAUGACUGUCUGUCUUAUUUCUAGUAGGGUCAAUUGUUAAAUUUUCAAGGGACAUUCGUAGCACAAUAACCACUUUAAGUUAAAGGGUUGCUCCAACCAUCAUAACCACUAGAGAACACUGUAUUGGUUAUGAUGAUGAAGUACCCUGGUGCCGUUCUCUGGUAAUAGGGUAAACUGUUUUACAAUGGUUUUUCCUACCUUUUCCUCCACUGAAGCAGGAUUUAUAACAGCAGAGCUAAUGAUUAUGAUCCUGCCACUCAUUUAUUGGCCUGAGUGCAUCAGUUAAGCGCUCCAAGCCAUUAAUUAAAUUGUUAAUUGAAAUGUUUUGAAAAUCCAGUUCUGACUCAUGACACCUUGAUUAAUGCCGCUGUAGGUGGCGUUACACCGCAGGCAGCAGGUGGAUUAACCCCUUAAGGACACGUGACAUGUCAUGAUUCCCUUUUAUUCCAGAAGUUUGGUCCUUAAGGGGUUAAACUCUCUAUGUGCAGGUUUAUAAAACAAAAAAAACUGCACAUAUAGAUUUUAGGCACCAUGAAGUUGUCAUGAUUCUUGAAGUUACUCUUUAACGGGUUACUCCAACCACUACAUCCACUUCUGCUUUUAUAGUUUGUCAUGGUAGAAGGAACCUCUAUGUGUCUUCACUUGUGCUGGGUGCUAUUUACACCCUGUGUUCUGGCCUGCCUAAUGUCCGUUCUGUGCAAAAUUUACUUUUUGUUGUCAGUGCACACAUUGUGCUGGCAACGGACUUGGUAUCAUUUUUGCGUUUGUCUCCUCACCUCCCUCCUUCAUCAAAUACAGCCAUAUCUGCCUCCCUAUAUGAGUGCUUGUGUUUUUUUAUUUAUUGAUUUAUUAAUAGUAAUUCCCACCUAAUCUUCCUUGCCGGCAUAGAGCACGCAUAUAUGCUCUGAGCUGGCAAAAUGGUCCAACCAGAGGCUUUUCUAUGAGAAAACAGUGUGUUCACUAUAAGAAUUUUUUUUUUUUUUUUUUUAAAUCUUCUGCUCUGUUAAUUGAACUUUUAAUUGGACAAAGUACCAGGCUUAUAGAGAACGAGAAAAUGUAUGAAAUUAUAAAACAGGUUAAUUCACUAGCCCCACAUUUUGAACAAAUUCUGACCAGAAUGGCAAUUCUUUUACUAAAGCUAAUUAUGAGUGGAAUUUGACCAACCCGACCAAAUCUGUACAAAUCGUUCGGAUGCAUUUGUUGUCUGGUUUAAAAUCAGUACUUUUUACAUUCGAAUCCUAUACAAAGUAUAGGAUUCAGAAUAUGUUAGAAGCACUGAUUUAAAAAAAAAAAAAAAAAAUGUUAAGGACUGGAUGCAUCCAGUAGGAUGCACAUUUGCAAAUUAUCAUUACCUUGAAUAGUUUGAAGUAAUAUUUGCCUGCUUGCAGUGCUAGCAAAGAUAUUGUCCAUUUAUUUGGACAAUGUUUUAGCGAAACGGUAAUGUUUACAUUUCUCUGAAACCAUGCCUCUAGUGAUCGUCAGACUCACAUUCAGCGUCUUCACGCAUUGCCCGACAUGGCAAGCAUUUCUCUAUGAGUUGCAUCAGAUUGGCAAAGUACGACAAAUAUGCACCAUUCUGACAAAGAACAGUUUAUUAAUAUGCCUUCUUGCCCUUCCUAGAUUUCAGCAUGACACACAAACUUGGUGCUAUUACAGCUGGUAGCACCUGGUAUCAUUAGCCAUUAAUCCCUAUUAGACUAUUGUCAAUGAAUUACCAGGAUAGCCCUCCACAGUGCUGUGGGAAAAAACAGAGGUCUUUCUAGACCAUUCAUUUUGUAUUUAUAAUCCACUAAGAACAAUAAAGCUGGCAAAUUUGAAAUGAGGGGAAAAAUGUAAACAAAUAAUGCUUGUGCAGCACAAUGUGCAUUAUGUGUGUUGUUUGUGUCAUGCCACCCUGGCAGUAACACAGCAUUACUUUUGCAGUGAACACAUACCAAUGUACUCACCUAUCACAUAUUUACCAACAUCUUUAUGGUAUCUACCUAGUUUGGGAGUGGGAUAUUCUACCAAUGGUAUAACUAUCUUUAUAUUUUUGGUACCUGCCGCCAAUUGGAUCAUUAAUCACUUGUAGUCAUUACUGUGACAGCCACUGGCAGGUUGAGAUAACUAAUUGUCCUGUUCACUGUCUGCAUUGCUAUGGCAUGUGUGCUUUCUGUGUACACAAUACACUUGUUAGCAAAGUCACUUUUCAUGGAUCAGUUAUCUUGAAUAAUCAUAAUUUUACCAUAUCUAAACACUGUGUUAUGGUGAGAUGAUAAAUGACAUUAAAAAAAUAAAUAAAUUUUAUAUAUAUAUAUAUAUAUAUAUAUAUAUAUAUAUAUAUAUAUAUAUAUAUAUAUAAAAAAAAUUUUAUUUAUUUUUUUAAUGUCAUUUAUCAUCUCACCAUAGCACAGUGUUUAGAUAUGGUAAAAUUAUGAUUUUAUAUAUAUAUAUACGCCAAAACGGUUCAAUGACAUAAAAAUCUGACUUUUAGGGUUUAUCCAAACUUAAAUUUUGUCUUAAACAUUGUAAAUAAAUUGUUGCUUUAGAAAGAAAACUUUAUAUAAAACACAUACACGGAGUAACCCAAAUUAAAUGUAUUUUGGUAUUAACUAUAUCCAUAGACUGAAAUGUUUCAAAAUGAAAAUGCAUUCUGAUUGUAACUGUUGCAUUUGAUAUUUAAAACCCAGUUGUUCAGAAAAUGUCGUUUUUUUUUUUUGUUUUUUUUUGUCAUGUACUGCUGUGUAAUUGAUCAUUAAGGGGUUAACUAAACAGGAUUCAGAAACUGCAAGCUUUUCAUACUGCCAUUGCUUAGAACAAGGUGACUCCACAAACAACCUGUAAGAAGAUCCCCAUUAUCUGCAGGGCUAGAGCACGUUGACUAUGCUUAACUACCAAUUGUUUGCCAUAGUGUAUUAAAGAAUGAAACAGGAUAAUUAAAUCCCUAAAAAUUCACAGAACAAAAUCGGUCUGCCGCACUGAUUUAUUCCACAGGACGUUUCUUUAUCCAAAACAACAGUUGUCAAAUACAGUGUCUGACUACUACUUAACAGCUGAAAUAUCUGUCAUAUCUUCCAACUAGUAAUGUUUAGCAUUAUCAUAAGCAAUGUACACAGCACACUUUUUUCAAGAGUUAAUCGUAUCGGUGAUUUUACCAAAAGCAUUUGGUUUUUAAUGGCUAAAUAAUUGGUGCGCUCCCAUGAGGCCUGAAAGCAUUUAGGCAUUUUUGUUGCAUGCAGUAUGUCUUACUUUUGGAGAGGGAUCCAGCGCCAGUCCUUCAUAGUUCUGGAUGUUAAGAUGAGCACCACGGUAUGUUUGGUCCAGCAGCUAAAUGUUUGUUUUCUCCCCCCUCCCCUCUUUUUUUGCCCCAAUCCAGGUCUGGUCUCUGGAGCAGCCUGACUGGCACUGUAAGAUUGACGAAGGGUCAGCAGGGCUGGUGUCUUCCUGCUGGAGCCCAGAUGGUCGUCACAUUCUCAACACAUCAGAGUUUCAUGUAAGCGUGGGUUGAUUGCCUGCCCUACUUCGUAUCAAAUGUUAGCGUCUGCCCCCUUGUUCUGAAAAUAACCCCCAGUGGGCUGAAAAGUAUCCGGUUCCCAGGAUGGAAGUAUAUUUCUUUCAUUCCUUUUUUUUUUUUUUUUUUUACCCUUCUUUAUGUCUGAAUAAUCACAUAACAUUAUACACAGACACAUCCUGUCACCUUACUGUGUCUAACAUACUGUAAGGUCAAUGUAUGUCUGCAUGCCUGGAUAUUUAUAAAGUUAUAAAGAGAUUGCUGAUGCUCACCAGUUUGGGAAGGGGGGUGUUGCUAGUGUUCCCAGCUUUUAUUGACAUUUCGAGUUUUCUAUUUGUGCAAAGUGUUACUUUCAUUGAUCAUUUUUAACGAUAAGAUUGCUCACUUAACUGGGAAUUUUUUAGAGGGUUUUCAUUUUUAGGACAAGAUAAGCAGAAGUGGAGGAUAUUUACAACUUUUUUUUGCUUGAAGUUUGCAAUUCUCUUGUGAUUUUUUUUUUUUUUUUUCCCCAUGAUUUCUCAUUUAGUGAAUAGAACUGAAAUAGGGCACAUUUAAUCUGGGCGGCACCAACAUUUAAGAUCGGAUUGUAUGUUAACCUUUUUGCGUUUAUUUAUAUGUCUCUGUAUAUGCGUAAUUCUCCGCAUUCGUAGUGCAAGAUUUUCACAUAAUGUGUUGUGUGUCAUUUCAUUCCACCAUGUGGCAACUCAUUAUUCUGAUAACAUAAUGCAGCCAGUAGAGCAGUGGUUUCCAACCAGUCCUCAAGGCACCCCUACCAGUCCAGAAAUUAUGGAUUACCCAGUUGUCUAUGGUGUUUAAAAAAAUAAACAAACACCAUAGACAACUGGAUAAUCCCUAAAUCCUGGACUAGUUUGGGAACCUCUGUUGUAGAGAUUGCAUAGUUAUAGUUACCUGGCUCUAGGAUGUUGAAUUUGUCACUGUAUUAAUUUUGGCAAUAUAAUGACUUCAUGAUACAGGGUACACUGGCAUGCGUUGGAGAUUGAACAAAAGCACAGAUGUGCCUCUGAGGCCAAUCAUAAAUGUAACUCAAAUGAGGUGAUGUUAGCCGGAUAUUGGCGCUUUUUUCACCUAAAACAUAAAGUUACUGGACAUGUCCCCCAAAUCAGUGGCAUCAUUUUUACAUACUAGGCCGUUUGAGUGCUUUUAUCACUUAAAUUCUAAUGAGGGGAAUAUUGGUGACAUGCUGUGUUGGAAGAUAUACAUAAAGCAGGCACAAUGGCAGUAUAUUUUGUAAACUCUAUAUUUGUAAACUAACCUACUCUAUUCCGUGUAUUUAAGCAAGUUACAUUAUCCCUAGAUAAAAUAACAUCAGUUUAUCCAGUCAGUUACCAGAUUAUUACCCAGAUUAUAUUUAAGAAAAACUUAUAUUAACCUGAUAAGUGCCAAUUGCAAUAAUUACCAUCAUAGCAAUCUGUUAUUCUCUCUUAUUCCAAAAUGUAAUUUAAAAUGGAAUGAUUUACUUCAGGACUGAAUGAUGCUGCCAAAGCUAAAUAAGCAGAACAUCUCUUUGGCCUAGGGCAGGCAUUCAGUGUUAAAACGGUCUGUUGUGACGUACCAGUCAAUCUCUGAAAGCUGAGUGAUGGGUCUCAAAGCAUUGAUAUUCUGAUGACUUCAAUAAAUGCAGAAUCCCUUGUCUUUAUCCUUUUAACGUGGGCCUUCCGUAUGAUUGUAUGCGUGGACUAUUUGAUUUUUCCUGUGUGCUGAGUUAAAGGAAUUGAGGUGGUCACAGACUGGGGACCCUUAAUAAAAAGCAGUUUCCUAGUCUAUAUUGCUCACCGGUAUUUAAACAUAGUAGUUGAGAAAAGACUGGGAGAGAAUUUCUUUCCUGACAUGAUCCCACUUUGCAGUUGUACACGGGAAAGGUUAGGAAGGGGUUUUAGAAAGGACGACAGGAAAGAGACAUACAGGGUGUGGCAGAAUCGUCUAAGCGGUUUGGAGGGCUCUACGCUCAGGCUGUGAUGGGGGGAGGCAGGUGCACCUGGUCUCGUGUUCCGUCCGUCACCCCAUUUUAGUAGAGAAUAUGGUUUGGACCGGAGUACAUCGAGCUUUGCCGUGUGGGCGUAUUUUGAAAACAACCAGUCUGUGAUCGCGAUGCAAAGAGCUUUUCAGUGACGGUUCAACAUCCCGCGCAACAACGCUGUUCCUAAUUCGAACACAAAUCGGUCAUGGGUUAGGUGGUUGGAGGAAACUGGUACCAUGCUUAGAAGAGGUACAUAUGGCCGACGCAGGUCUGGAAAAUGUGCACCUGGUGAGAGCAGAAAUUGAGUAGUUGCCAGGACGUUCUCUCUGUUACUGUUGCUUUGGGAAUAUCAGACUGCAGUCUGAGGAGGAUUCUUCAUUUAGAUUUCUAGUUUUAUCCCUACAAGAUGAUGUUGGCUCAGGAAUUGAGUGUAGCUGAUUAUGCCAACUGCAGAAAUCUGUGUGAGCAAAUGCUUGCACUGAUCCCUCCCGCAGCAGCUUUGUUCACUAGCAACAAGGCACAUUUUCAUCUAAGUGGAGCUGUGAAUAAGUAAAAUGUCUGCUACUGGGCUCAAAAUAACCCCCGAAUGAUUCAUGAAAGGCCGCUACAAUCCCCUAAACUAAUGGUGUGGUGUGCCGGAUCACAAUUGGGAGUUAUAGGCCUGAAUGUUAUGUCUCAAUGUUGGAAAAUUUCCUGCAGCCCAGAAUGGAAGAGAUUGUUGAAGAGGAAUUGGGGGAGUUCUGAUUCCAACAGGAUGGGGCUACAGCCCAAAAUUCACUCAAUGUUUUGAAAGGAAUAUUUCCCAGAUGUCUGGUCUCUCUGAGGGGUCAUGUGGGGUGGCCGGCGCGGUCACCAGAUUUAAGCAUUUGCAAAUGUAUUUAUUUUUUUGUAAAUUUAUUUAUUUUUUACAUUUAUAAAUUUAUUUUCCCUUGGUGGAUAUCUAAAGGAAAAAGUGUUCAAACAUCUGUCACACCCUACCAGAGUUAAUGGAGCAGAUUAUUGAAGAUGUUAACGCCAUGUACUGCGAUAUGUGUGAACAAGCUGUACAAAACAUCAGAGAUAGUCUCCAACAGUGUGCUGCUGCUAAUGGCCGCCUUCUCGAGGACAUUAUUUUCAAAACUUAAUGAAUAUAAAAUCGUAUUUACUGCUGAAUUAGAACAGUGUUUCCCAACCCAGUCCUCAAGGCACACCUACCAGUCCAGGAUUUAGGGAUUACCCAGUUGUGUCUAAGGUGUUUUUACAAAGAAGAAAUAAAAACACCUUAGACACAACUGGGUAAUCCCUAAAUCCUGGACUGGUAGGUGUGCCUUGAGGACUGGGUUGGGAAACACUGAAUUAGAAAAUAAACAGUUUUUUUUUUUUUUUCUCUAUAUACCUCCAAUUAAUUUUUUAUAACCCAUCAAAACUGCUUAAUCGGUUCUGUUGCACCCUGUAGAUGGUAGUAUAGUGGAGAGAGGGGGAUGUUGUUAUUAUUAUUAUUAUGAUGAUAUUUAUAUAGCGCUAUCAAAUUCCGCAGCGCUUUACAAUGGGUGGACGAACAGACAUGUAGUUGUAACCAGACAAGUUGGACACACAGGAAUAGAGGGGUUGAGGGCCCUGCUCAAUGAGCUUACAUGCUAGAGGGAGUGGGGUAAAAUGACACAAAAAGGUAAGGAUAGUAUUAGACGAAUGACUGUUGCAGAAGAGGAAUCAGUCAGGAGCUAUUAACAGUUUAAUGGAUACGCUUUUAUGAAGAAGUGGGUUUUUAACGAUUUUUUUUUAAGGAGUGGAGAUUGGGUGAGCAUCUAACGGAGGAGGGAAGUGAGUUCCACAGGAACGGUGCAGCCCUCGAGAAAUCUUGAAGGUGAGCAUCAGAGGUGGGAGUACGAACAGAAGAUAGAUGUAAGUCUUCAGCAGAUUGUAAGGGCCUAGACGGGACAUACUUGUGUAUAAGGGAGGACAGAUAGGUGGGAGCAGCAUUAUGUAGAGAUUUGAAAGCAAGAACCAGAAUUUUAUGCGUGUGAGGCAUACCUGCCAGGAAAGAUAGUGUGGGGCAGGUGGCCUAAAGAGGGCCAGACUGACUUACAGCCUCCCCCUCAAGCAAAUCAAGCAUUGGGCUCUGUUGAAGAGCUUGGCAUUUUGAUAAUGUACAACCGGAUCAACAGAUCUAUUUUUUUUCUGGGACCGUACCCCCAAAAUACAGGACUUUCCUGGAAAAUUCAGGACUGUUUUCACCUAUGAUGUAAGUGUGUGUCUAUGGAUGCUUGUGUGUGUAAUUAUGUUGGAUAUUAGGUUUACUGUCACGUUAAGACUGAGUAAAGUAGCUAGUAAUGUAUAUGUCUACAGCCUGUGUGUGUGGUUAAAUGGACACUCCAGACCCCUACAGAACUUCAGCAUUCUGAAGUGGUGCUUUAUGUGUGAAGAGCAUGUCCUCUUUUUUUUUUUUUUUCUUCAAAAUAAAAUGUCAGUUUUCUAAAUAAACCUUAUUACACCAACCCGAGUGUCAAACAGACAACUGGUCCUGUUAUUUCCUGGUAGGUUAACUCAGUGGAGCAAGACUCAAAAGGCAGCAGUGGCUCAGAGCACCUGCUUUGCAAAGACGUCUCAUUGAGCUACAUGAGGAAGUCUAUGAUUCGACAGGCACAGGAAGUCUAUGAUUCGACAGCCACAGCCAAAAAUCUGCAGCUUUCCCAAGCCGUUUUUAGAUAUAACUCCAAUGUAAAAAAAAAAAAAUUCACAAUUAAAUGCACACGUUUUCAUUGGGGUAUAUCUAGUAAAUGGUCAUGUCCAAAUGUUAGCGACCAUCCACACAGAGAUAUUCAGAGAAAAUGUGUGAUUAACACUGGAAACUGCUCAUAUUCUAGCAUUGCAUUCAUAAACAUACUGCCAUGUUCACAAUUACAUGACAAUUCUCAAAACAGCACAUGGAGAGACAAAAUAGUAUAAGAACAGCCAGGUGCAAACCAUAUAAACACUCCCUCAAGUGCUUUAAAUAUUGAAAUGUAUAUAGAAUAUAGAAUGCACACUAUAACAAUCUCAAAAAAUGUAGCUUUAUUAUGUACAAAAAAGUACCUGAGUGAAAACAUAUAUAAGAAAAAUAAACAAAGUGACAGAAGCAAGGGCAAAUACAAUAAAAUAAUAAUAAAUUACCACAAAAAUUCUUACAAGCCUCAAGACAGAAACACGAGUCACCAAACCCCCCAACGUUUCGGCACCAACUGGCUGCCUUUAUCAAGGGUACUUUGUUUAUUUUUCUUAUAUGUUUUCACUCUGGUACUUUUUUGUACAUAAUAAAGCUACAUUUUUUUGAGAUUGUUAUAGUGUGCAUUCUAUAUACACAAUUACAUGACACACUCAAAAAGCACAGACCUGAUGCAAACACAGAUGCUCUCACACAUACAUUGUUCACAAGUAGUAUAUGUAUUCACAGAGCCAAUGUUGUGGUAUGGGUAUGGACAUACAGGCAUACAUGCAUAUAAUCAUAUCCACACUCUCAUAGUCAUGCUUACAGACGGAAGUAUGAGCUCCUGUCAAUAUUUGGCCAGCCCUGGCCUUGGGUUUACAUGGAAAAGAUUGUGUUGCUAACUAAUAGCAUUUCUUCCUUGUGAGUUAAACAGUCUCCUUUAACCACCAAGUAUGACUAGGAAGAUGGUCCGUGAUGAUGAACCCCCUCACCUUUUUUGGCUCCAAGUUCUGACUCAAUUCAAAUAAAAGCAACAUUUCGGUUAUAUCAUUCCCCAAGUUUACUAUCCUGAGGUUUGUGUGACUUGUUUCAGAACUUAUUUGAAUGAGUUUGAAGAUGGCAUGAAAUUUUCCAAAAAUAUCACGUGCGUGAUUAGUUUGGACAUUGUUCAGAAGUAAAGUCCAGAGAAAAAUCUGCUUAUUUAGUUUAGAAUUUUGUAAAGAUGGGCCAGCACAAAGAGGAAAUGUGUGUGUGUGUGUGUGUGUGUGUGUGUGUGUAUGUAUAUAAUUGUUUUUUCAAAAACAAAAAAAUCCAAAAAACUAAGUGGUUUUCUGGGCCCUCUAGUUACCAUGAGAUUCGAGAUACCCCCUUCACUUGCACACAUUUUUAACAGUUAGGGGGCAUAUAUUUGGACCUCUAUGGGUUAAUAGAAAGUGUGAAGGACAAUAUCCUUUUAUUUGCUCUGGAAAUGCUUGCAAACAAAAAGUUUAUGAAGAGUACAGUGUUUAAAUAUCAUUCCAUGUGUUCAGUAGCAUUGUAACACUAAUGGUUUCAGUGCAAGAUUAACUGUAGAAAAUAGGCAGAGAAAGGUUGUCUAGAAGGCACCCAUGAAAUUGCAAAACAUUAUUUUAUUUUUUAUUUUUUUUUAAUAAUUUUAUAGUUUCCUUCCUCUUCCACCCCCCCCCCCAAUAUUCUAUUUAUAUUUUUCUGUCAAAGCUAGUUUUUCUUUUUAAUAGCUUGCCCCGCCCCCCUUUUUAUUUUUUUUUAUUUUUUUACCCAAAGCCUGUGGAUUAAAAUGGGUUACAGUAAUAGAAAACUUUUUUUUUUUUUUAGACUACCUCCUUUCAUCUUUUCACCCCAGUUGUGGUAUGCAGGAUCUGAUACCAUGUUUACUAGUGGAGACUUCAAUAUUAAGGAAAUUCCUGCCUGUUUCUCGUUCCAUGAACUAUAUGCUACAGGAUGUGUAGGGUAACUGUAUAGCUCAUCCUUUAUAUUUGUGCAUGCUCACUCCUUCACUAUCUCCCCAAUUUCCUCCUGAUGCCCCAACCAUUACUGCGAUUUCUCAGCAACUCUGCAUUGGCACUACUUUUAACAGUCAUACUUUAUUGAUAAACCCUGACUGAUGGUGUCUUGUGUGUACUCAGAUGCAGUACUUAUCAAUAAAGUAUUACCACACUUUUAAGGUAGUGCUGUUGCCGUACCACUGGUACUGAUAGAAUAUGAGCUAAAGUAAUCUGGCAAACAAAUGGUCUAGUUUAUUUAAAAUGGGUAAGAUGGAGGGGAAAAUAGAGUAAUUUGCAAGUUAUACAGCUGCUGUAUAACCACCUUUAGGCUCAUCAUUGCAGUAGUAGUGAGUCGUCCUUCACCAUUUGCAAUAUAUUUAUUGCAAUGUUCAGAGAAUUAUCAGGUUGAAGAAUUUCCCAGUUGUUCAAGUUAAAUACAACUGUCAGCCAUAAAUCUCUGCAGGCUCAGUUACCUGUCCUGGGCUGCCUGCUGUAGAUUUCUCCCAGCACGUGCUUGUGUAGGCGGUGUGUAUUUCUGAGCAGCCAUCAGAACUCAACAUGACCCCCACACAAUUUCAUUAAGGUUUUGCCAAGAAGGCAUCUGUGUCAAGAUAGAUUUAUUUUCCAGCUGUAAACAGAUUGCAAAAUGAACUUGUUUCGGACAGCUGCUUAGCUUAUGUCAGUGUCUGAGUUGUGUUUACUGUCAAGUACAGUAAAUCCAUAUCCCACAGGGAGCUAUUGCUGCGCAUUAGUGUUCCAGUCGCAUUCAGAAGAGUUAAUAUUCUUGUAUUACACGGUUUUAAGAACAAUGUCUCAUAACGUGAGGCAAUUACGGAGAGACAGCAGUUUCACAUUAGCAACAUGGUACUCACAAAAAGCAAAUUGUUUUGACCACGGGUGUGAACAUUAUAAUUAUAGGAUAGAGUUAUAUACAGUCUAGACCUGCACUAUUCAUUUCUUUUAAAGACCGUCAUGCUGUACAGAGCACAAAACCACACUGAGUACUUUGUUGAACAGUAAUUAAAGGAUACUUCAAGCAACCUAAUAGUUUUACAUUGCUUGCAUGGAUUAUAGUGCAAAGAGGUCCUCUGUCCCUGCCUUCCUAUUUCCUAGUUAAUAUUUGUAGCGAUAAGAAAAGCAAAAUGCUGCAGCUGUAAGCACUCACUAGUGUCAAAGAUGUGGUAUGCUCAGCAGUCCUACUAAAAUGAUCUAUCUGAGAGUGGCUACCAGCUACUUUAGCAGUCACUACAUAAUAUGUAAACCUUAAUCGUUAAAGGGUUAUCUCAACCACCAUGACAACGUCAGUGAUUUGAAGUGGUCAUGGUGCUAGAUUUCUGUUUUGGCUUGAAACACUGCACAUUCAGAGUUAUUUUUAAUUGUGUGUCAGGGGCUAGGUGCAAGGAAAAAAUUGCUUUCCCCUUCUUGAUUGCUUAUUUUUCCUUUUUUGUAAUUAAAAAAAAAAAAAAAUGUUUUAUACAUGGAUUAAAUGGAUACUGUAAGCACUAGAGCAACUACAGCUUAAUGGUGCUCUGUUUGGAGGACUGGCAUUCGGCGUCUUCAUAUUUUGCAUGAUGACGCUGAAUGCUUCCCAUAGUGACGCAACACAUUUGCAGGAGCAUUCUAAUGUUUCCCUUUGUCCAAGAGUUGCGCUGCCUCUUAUCUUCACUGAUGAUCUCAGGCAGGGGAGGUGUGGUACAACCGUUGUGGCUAGGGCUAAAAGGUAAAUCAUUCUUUAUUUUUUUUAAAAUUCUUUAUUUUGUCUCUGAUAGGUCCUUGUAUCGUUAUGUUGCAUUUCAGCAGAUGGCUUACGCAGAAGCCGCACAUUCCAUUGUACAGUACAUUUCAUUAUAGGCUUACGCAGAAGCCACAUUUUCCAUUGUAGAUUGUAUUGCAAUAUGGGGCUUACGCAGAAGCCAAUUGUGCUUUUAGAUUUCCAGCAGAACUCUAACAUUAGAAACAAAUGUUUGUAUUCCAGAUUGUGUUUGCGUAACUAUAUAAUGCAUUAAUAAACUGGGAGUCAACUCCAGACCGGAGUGUCUCUUUAAAAUGCUCUAAUUAAUUUGUGGUACAAUAUAGAGUUACAAGAUGACUAAAGGUACCCCCACAUGCUAGGUGCAAUAUGUAGGUCAGAUUACAGUAAUCUAUUUUUUUUUUUUUUUUUAAAUUGAUUUAUUUUUUUUGUUUGUUUUUGCACCACAAACUCACCCUGUUAGUAAAUGUCUCCAAACUUCAGUGUUAACUUAUUUUUUUUUGCGCUAAAAAUAUUAUUGUGCAUGAUGUCUUAGGCUUCUGGCUUCUGUUGGCAUUCUACAGCAGAAAGCGGACAACUGUAGAAACCCUUAUUGUGUACAUGAAGCACUGCUUGUGCAGUUCUGUAGAAAUUUAAUUUGUAUGAUUCACUUCACAAAAACAAUACAAAAUUACUUUAAAGUCCCUAAAGUUGUUGGUCUAAACUCUGCCAUCUACCAGUGAAAGUAAAAGUCUUUGGAAGGGGUCUGCCUGCUGCUAAGAUUUUUUUUUCCUUUGUUUUAUUAAUCCAUAUCCCCUAAACUACUCUCCAGCAGGUAUAUGCAAUAUCUAGCUAAGUACCAAGCCACAGCCCCAUUCAUCAGAUUGUUAACCCAACCUCUGUAAUUAUGUCACUGUAUGCAAGGAAGCACACAUCUUUGCACCAUAAUCUAUGCAAUAAGCCUAGAUAAUGGUUCCUACAGUGACCAAUUAAUGUAUUAAUUGAAGUAACUAAAAUGUUAAAUUUUAUUGUUUUUCUUGAAAUCCUUUGCUAAUUUUUGCAGGAGCCCAGGUUCAGGUAAGUAUAUCACGUAAUCUGUACACAUACAUGUGCUGACAUUUUCACUUGCUUACACAUUUUAAAGCUUAAAAUAAACUGAAUAGAUGUUAGCAGAAGGAAAAUAAUUAUAUUGUAUCUAAUUUUAAAGGAACACUAUAGGGUCAGGAACACAAAUGUGUAUUUCUGACCAUAUAGCAUUAAAACAACCAUUUCAGUGGUUUGUCCACCUACCCUUCACCUACUCCCUUUAAAAGGAGAGAAAACUUACUUUAUUUUCAUGUGCUGGCGCUGGUCCUGCCUCCGAUCCGCCGCCUCGGCAAACUUCAUCAGAAUUGAUGAUCUCAGCCAAUCGAAGACUUUCCCAUAGGAUUGGCUGAGAUCGUUAAGAAGGCGGGGCGGGCCAAAGGCCAGAUUGGCCAGUCAGCAUCUCUUCAUAGAGAUGCAUUGAAUCAAUGCAACUCUUUGGAGAAAGUUCAGCGUCUCCAUGCAGGAAGCACCUUCAGUGGCCAUCUGAAAAGUGACCACUAAAGUUGUUACUAGGGAGCAAUGUUAACACUGCCUAUUCUCUGAAAGGCAGUGUUUAUAGCAAAAAGUCUGCAGAGACUGACUAUACUCACCAGAACAACUAUAUUAAGCUGUAGUUGUUCUGCUGACUAUAAUGUUUCUUUAUGUGGUGGCCACCUCGCACCCCGAGUGGGUACCUCCGCCAAUCACGCUUCCUAGUGCUCACCAAGUACCAUAAGCACCGCACCAGACACUAACCACUGUAGCCCCCUUAGUCGCCUCAGCUUUGUUGGCGUCUUGCCGUCCCUUCCCACCCUGUACCAAACACCUGGAUCCAGCUCCCAGUGGGAAGACCUCUCCUCCAACAAAGUAUAAUAAUUCAAAGCUCAGUAUAACACACACCCCCCCCCCCCAAGGCUUAAUGCUGGGAAGUAGUCUGUUUUAAUGGGAGCACAGUCACAGAAUUUAUACAAGUUACAAACUCCUCCUCUGUGCCCGAGAGAUAUUUGAGUCAACAGAGAUAACAGGUACGGAAAAGCACACAUUUUUCAGACACCUCAAAAGUACCUCCAAAACACAUGAAAACCCCACAAACCUUACAUCCCCCGAUAGCCCCGAUCUGGGUGACCAACAUAUCCAAAAAUCACCCAGAUCAGUUCAGGGGUUUGGGAUUUCUAUGGAAGUCCUAAUUUGACCGACCGUACACAUGCUCCUAUGCCCAAAACCGUUCCAUGAAUUCAGUUCUAACGGUCGGUCAAGUUCGGUAGUUUAAAAACGUACAAACUUCCGAACGUAGUCAAUAGUCAUACCAUGGAGCUUGUUCCCCUCAUCCAGACAAACGAUUCCACCGAACAGUGCCCUUCUAGGUGGUGUACAAUCUGAAAGCAGGCGAUGAUGGAAGUCCAGCGGUAUUCGGGCGUUUCCGUGCCCGAUUUGAGCUCCAUGAACUCGACGACCAAACACCGCUGCCUGCAUUCAUGCGAACAAGAUAGCCACCACCUCGUGGUCGUUCAUACGAAUUGCGGCCACCCAGACGAACAAUUAGAACACUGCAGUUAGAAUCGUUAAGAGGUGUCAAUUGGGUUAAACAAGCUCCCGGGUGGUCCCUGGUUCAUGCACCGGUUCGGUUCCUGAACAGCAUGGGGAAAUGGCACGAACAAAGUCUUUUAACAGAAUUUUUGCAGUGCCCAUAGUCUUUGGGCAGCAGGCCCCUCUAGCCAGACGUGGCAGAGGCAUUUCUGUAACACUGUGUAUGUAUGUGUGUGUGUGUAUAUAUAUGUAUAUAUAUAUAUAUAUAUAUAUAUAUAUAUAUAUAUAUAUAUAUUAUUUUUUUUAUUUCCUGAUUAUGGGCUAACUAUUGGGAUUAAAUCUUGCUGUAAUGUGUAUGAUUUUCAAAUGGCUGGAGUACAGUAAUCCUUGUAGCUUUUCAAUUAACUAAAGUGUUUUCCCAAUUACCUCGGAUAACCUGGUACAGCAAUUUAAAAUUUGAGCUGUGUGGUGAUGACAAUGUCUCAUUAAUUUGCCAAAGCCAUAAAGGUGCACCUGUCUGCUACUGCAAGAUACUGGCACAGACAGUCUAACGCCUUUUCUACAGCAUUCGAUCUGGGGCACUUUUGUAAUCUGACAGAUUUAUACCCUUAAUUAUAAGCAUGUAAAGCUACUUGCAUAUUGAUUUAUAUGGUAGAGACUUUGGCAGCAGUUAAGCACAGCAAUGUCUUCCAUCAUUUUUAUGUAUUUGUUUUGGUUUCCUUCAAGUCUGUGUUUUGCUACAAUCCUUAUUCCUAGCAGAACCACUUUUAUUUUAAAAACUUUGUUUAGUGCAUCAAUUUCCUCAAAUGCAUUUAUCCACAAAUCCACAAAGAAGUCCCCGAAGCACUAGUCUCACAAUGUUAAAUGAGCACCAGACCAACAAUCUUUCGUUGUCCUUGAAAGCAGGAUUGCGUGUGCGUGCCCUGAGGUGAUUAGAGGGAAUUCCUCAAACUCAAUGUGGUCUGUAGUGUUGUUGGAUAGUCUCAACGCAGCGACUGAAGUUUUCCAAGGUGUUCCAGACACUUGUCUAAGGAAUAUGUGCUGCUUGGAACAAUGCAGUAAGAUUAUUAGAAAUUAAAAGGGAAUUCCCAGUGACAAUAUAUCUUGUGGCCAUUGAGGGCGCAUCCCCAUUGAAGGUGCUUUCAGCGGUGGACAAGUGUCAUCAUGGCCAUUAUGACCGGUCUGCAGCUACGCAGCCCCAUAUGUAGCAAACUGCAGUGCACUGUGUGUUCUGACACCUUUCUUUUAUAGCCAGCAUUAAGUAUUUCAGCAAUUUGAGAUACAGUGGCUCUCCUGCGUGAUCGGUCAAGACGGCUAGCCUUCACUCCUCACGUGCAUAAAGGAGCCUUGAGCACCCAUGUUCAGAACACUGGUUCACCUGUUGUCCUUACUUGCAACACUUUUGGUAGGUACUAAACAUUUCAUACUGGGAACACAACACAAGUCUUGCUGUUUUUAGAGAUGCUCUGACCCAGUUGUCUGGCCAUCACUAUUUGGCCUAUUUGAAAAUCACUCCGAUAUUUACGCUUGCCCAUUUUUACUGCUUCCAAAACCUGAAAUUCAGGACUGUUCACUUGCAGCCUAAUAUAUCCCACCCAUUAACAGGUGCUAUUGUAACGAUAUAAUCCCUGUUAUUUACUUCACCUGUCAGUAGUUUUAAUUUUUUGGCUGAUCAGUGUAUGUACACACUUGUCAAAUUUAAUACACACAGAAACUAAACAGAACAAAACUCCUAAAAGGCCCAAAAUCCAUGUCAUUGACAAUCUCGGCAAUGGUGACUCCUUCCCUCUGACCUCGUAAAGGAUUGCUACUUCCACAAUCUCAACAGAAAGUGAACUGUCUUAAAAGCCCAAAUAAGGAACAUGAUCAAAUAGGAACCUCAAUAUGGACAAUUCCAAUCUAAAUAAAGUAGGCUUGCCUUCUCGCUUCUUUCAUGCAGCAUGUAAUUAGUGGAUCAGUUACAACUUGUAAAGAUUAAUGGUGUGGUUUGUUCUGGUCCAAUGGGGCUUCGGAUGGAAAAAAUCCCCAUGAAUACAAGGGCAGCAUCUAGUCUACACAGUUUGUGUGCUAGCUCCACUCCAUCAUUGAUUUUGUAGAAUUGUAAAUUUUAUUUUAUAAGUGGUGUAAUAACUGGGGAAGAGGUGAGCGUUUGGUUAGGAUUUUGAAUGAAUUUAAGUUUUAAUCUGUAUAUUUGCAUUCAUGUAUAACUUUUUAUUUUAUUUUAUUUUUUAUGUUUUAUUUACCUGAAACAGAAAUCAACUUGAACAUAUUUCUGGGUGAUGGACCCACUUAAUACUGUAGUGUUUGCUUUAUAUUCUAUCUCUUAAUAAACAAAUGGGUAAAGCGACUUAAGACAAAUGAUAAAUCCAUUUAGUUUAAUCACUGUGGCCAGAUUUUCUGUAUGAUGUAAUGUACAACUCUUCAGUAGUUGGACCAAAGUCCCAGGCAUAGGUUGAGAUGCAAGUAUUAAUAUGAAAUGUUAAACAGGCCUGGAUUUCAAGGCAGAUGUUAAAUUAUGACGCCUGCUGCAAGCCUUGAUUACUGUUAAUGUAUUAAUGACAGCCACUGAUUUAGCAUGAAAUUAACUUGGAGGUUUUCCAAAUCGACAAGUUAGUAAUUAACCUGCUGUGCAAACCAUCACUUGUACCCCCUGAGCACCAGGCUGAAAUAAUCCAUUGUAAUUGCAAAUGGCCUGGACUGACUGAAAUGCUUUGUGUCGAAGAAUGUGCACAGAAUAAUCCUCUGAAAUCCUGUGUUGACAGACGCAGCUAUGUAAAGGGGCCUGGUGACCCAGUCAAGUCUGGGACGCUGUUUGACAGUCACUUGAGACGCUAGGUUUUGUAGAAGUGAUUCUUGUAUGGUGAAAAUCACCAGUUCAUUACACCUGCCACGAACUGUCAGGGCCUUUGAGACUUGGCCUUCUUUAUACCGAUGUCAGAGACUUGUUUAUCACAUUACUGUCUCAACGCUUUUUAUUUCUCAGCUGUUUGUAAAAAGCUAUUUUAGAAAACCCAAUAUUUAUUUUUCCGUUUUGUGGUUUUUGCUAAAAAAAAAAAAAAAAAUGAACAGAAUGAGGGAAUACUUGAAUAAAAUCUUUGUGGGAACACAGAUCACAAAAUGAAAUCCCUCAUGUCUGGAAUCUAGUUUUCUUAAUGAUGAUUCAGCAUGCAAUAAAGUUUAAUUUGGGCACUAUAUAUUUUUUUCAUUUUUUUUUUUAAGCACUGAAUAAAUCCAACUUUAUUUUAUGUGCAAUAUAUGAAAUGGCUUUUCUUAUCUGGGAGUCAUUGAGCUCUUACUCCUGAAUAGGCAGAUGAAAAGAACACUGUAGUAAUAAUCUGUAUUCCUAAUGCUACAGUCCUGAUACCCCUUAAUAAAUUGUCUCAGCCCCCCGGCAAAAAGAAAACAAAAUAAAAUCGAAAUAAAUUAAAACGAAUUACUCCCCCAGGUCCAAGUCUCCUUUGGUGCUGCCGUGGCCGCCUUCUUCAGUGAUGUCAUCCUGGAGGCUCCGGCCAAUCAAAUUCUUCUCAUAUCUGUUACUUCCUGGUUUGUUUAGCUCAGUGAAGCUAAACUUAAGAAGCAGCAACUGCCAAGAGCAUCUGCCUUGCAAAGACUUCUCAUUGAGCUGCAUUUGGAAGCCUGUGAUUGGACAACCACAGAAAGUCUGGGUGGCGUUAGAAGCAGAGGGCUUGCAAAGGAUGCAGAGAAUAGAACUGCAGCUUUUGUAAGCUAUUUUAGAUAUAUCCCCAAUCAAAAAAUGCAUAAUUAAACGCGUUCAUGUUAUCAUUUGGUAUAUAUCUACUGAAUUGUGUGUGUUUUUAAAUAAAAAAUAUAUAUCUAUUUAUAUUAUGGGAGAAGGACGCAAUAUAAAUACUAGUUUUUAUAUAUCAUUUUUAUCCCUUUUAAAUGCUAUUGCAAUACAUUACAUUAAAUCAGCUGUUGAGUUUUCACAUCAUAGUUUCUAGAUUUUCUAAAAUUCUAGAAUAUUUUUUAGUUUGCUUCCUCAAGAUAAAACAAGGAGCCAAGUGAAAGGAUACCAUACAAAUUCCACAUUACCUUUUGCAGCAUUUUCUAAAUUCCCCCUUUAAUAGAACUGGGGUCCUAUGCAGCACUUAAUCCAGAAAGCGUUGGUUGAAAUAUGUGGUUUAAAUGAUUGUAUUUGAGUUCUGCAGCUGUUGAGUCUGCACUGAGUGGGUGCAGAGUAUGCGUGUGUAGGCUGCAGAUCCACACUAACCUUGAGGAGGCAGUCUGACAUACCUCACCCUAUACAUUACAUAGUCAUCUGCCUUCUUCUCAAAAGAAGAUGAAUACAAUAGUAACGUGUAUCAUCUAUAUAUUAUGUGUACGGUUUACGUAAUGGUGGAAUCUUGUUUAAAUCGCUCACUGGCUUCAGAGAACAAUUUUAGGAAUUGCCUACCUUCCAGAUCUAAUUCCACUUUGGCCAGAUUACUCAACACAAUAUAAAAUCUACAUUUAGAUAUCGUUUAACUUUGUAACAAGUGCGUAGGUAAAGCAUAUGCUUGGUUGCUGAUAUUUAACCCCUUAAGGACACAUGACGGGGAAAUUCCAUCAUGAUUCCCUUUUAUUCCGGAAGUUGUGUCCUUAAGGGGUUAAAACUUGCUACAUAGCAGAAGGAAAGCAAAAAAUUGUCCACUGCUAUUCCAGCAACUUUAGCAACUUUUAAAAAAUGCUUCAAAUACGAUACUACCUUUAUAUGUUCGCAAAUGUUCUCACUAUAUUUUAAUUGCGUCAAGUUCCUUUCACAAAUCUUUGCAUGCUGAUUUUUAGUUGAUCUCUGCUGACCCUUUUUGUAUUUUAUAUUUAUAAUCAAUUUUGAUCUUAACUUUCUAAUAUCUGCAUCUAAGCUUUGUCUAUGUAGAUUGUGGUUUGUUUAAAUGGAUUGUCUAUUCAAAAACUGACCUAAUAUUGUUUUAUGCUUUUAUAUAGAUCUAUAGUAAUGUAUAAUAAUAAUAAUUUGGAAAAGUGAGGGGCAUAGAGGAUGCUAAAGUGUUACAUAAUAAAGCGCUAUGGAAUCUGUUGGCGCUAUAUAAAUGGCAAUAAUAAUAAUAGGCCAAAUAACUUGGAAAAUGUUAGUUCCAUCUCAGAAGUUUUAUAGAUUUAUUAAAGGUGUGUUGACUGAGCAUCGAAUUGUGGUGAGCUGAUACUAAAUUUCAAAGUAUACACUAAGGAAACUGCCAUUUUGACCUAAACUUUGCUAAACAUUUGACAACUCACCACUGUUCACUGCAGCAUAGAUGUUUCAUAUAUUAAAUUUAGUGAUACAAACAAUCAACCCCAUUUUUAAAAUAAUGGGAUAUGUCUUCAUUUAUAAGCUUUGCAGUUUGAAUCUAUCUAUGCAAAUAAGAUCCAUUUAGGUGCAAUGAAACCCUACUUAAACGUUUUUUCCCUCCACAGCUGCGGAUUACUUUGUGGUCACUUAGUGCAAAAUCAGUCUCUUACAUAAAAUAUCCAAAAUCAUGCCAACAAGGUAAGGUCUUGUCCUUAAUGUAUUUUGUUAUCUUAUUAGUGUUCUUUUUUUGUUACCUAAAAUUAAUAAUUAAAUGCUUUAUAUAAAAUAUCCAUUAAUAUAAUUUUAGAAACAUUUUGAUUUAAAUUGUAAAGUCAGAUUAUAAAAAAAGGUUGGUGGUCAGAUGCUUUGUAAUGCUUGAUGUCUUGGUAGCAAUGAGAUUAUUACAUAUUAAAUAGCCUUAAAUAUAGGUUUCAGAAUAUACUUUUUUGCACAGAAUUUGGCAUUCAGAUACUGAACUAGUUAGGUUUAACAUUGUGAGCUACAUUUUGUUUGUUCUUUUGAUACCCUGCCAUCCUUAAAGGGAAACUAUGGGGUAAAGUUGACCUAUAUAUGCAUUAUAUACAUGCAAAAAAAAGUAAAGAUACUGUACCUAAAAGUCCCUGACUGAAUCACUAUUUCACACUAAGAUGAUACCUCCAAUCAGCGACAUCUUAUGGUCUGUGGGAUCUAAUCCCCUAAAUGCCAGUCAGCAAGGAUCUGAGACAAUUAGUUAUCCUCAAAGAACAGUUCCACUCAUCAGUUAGGAUGAGCGUAAAGUGUAGAUCUAAUGCUUAGAUUCCCCCUACUUACCAGGAUUCCAGUGGUGGGUACAGCUACCUACACUGCUUUCCAUGCCCAAUCUGAUGUCAACGCUGCCCUCACUGAGAAGCAUUUCAUUGGAAUGUUUAUCGUGUUCAGAGCGAAUGUGCACGCUCUGAGCUAGGAUGGUGGGGAGUGGGAGGUGGACAGAGGGAGGAAGGGAAUAAAAAAAAAGUGGCAAUGUAGGGAGACUGGAAAUAAAGUACAUGGAGGGAUGGCGGAUCAUGGUUUCCUCUUUCAGGCUGAUAUUUUAUGUGUAUUUUAUGCACAAAAUUCACAUUGUAACAGAAUUCUGAGCUGCACAAGUCACGUGUGUCAAGGGUGUAACAAGCUCCCAGUGCAAAAGUGCAAAUAUUUAUGGAUGUGCAGCAUUUCAAGCAGAAAUCCUGUGGGUACAGAAUCCUACCACCAUGACCACUUAUAAAUGCAGGAGGGGUCAUGGUGGUUGGAGAAAACCUUUAACCAGGCUAUGUUAGCCUCUUGGUAGAGCUGCAGUUUUUUAAUGCCCAGGUCAAAGCUAUUUUGUCUCUUUCUGAAGAACAUAACUAAGCUUAAAUUAAAGGGACACUACAGUCACCAGAACAACUACAGUUUAUUGAAUUUGUUAUGGUGAGUAGAAUCAUUACCUUCAGGCUUUUUGCUGUAAACACUGUAUUUACAGAGAAAAUGCAGUGUUUACAUUACAGCCUAGUGAUAACUUCACCAGCCACUCCUUAGAUGGCUGUUAGAGAUCCUUCCUGGGUCAUGGCUGCCUAAAAUGCAUCCAUUCAUUCAGUAUCUCCUCCCUCUGCAUGCAGACACUGAACUUUCCUCAUAGAUUCAUUGAUUCAAAUUAUCUCUAUGAAGAGAUGCUGAUUGACCAGGGCUGUGUUUGAAUCAUGCUGGCUCUGCCCCUUUGUCAGUCUCAGCCAAUCCUAUGGGGAAGCACUGUGAUUGGAUCAGGCUACCACUUCUGAUGAUGUCAGCAGACUGCUUUUUUUUUUUUUUUGAGGCAAACCACAUGCAGAGUUACAGCUUCUGGCUUGAAUACAGUAAGAUUUUGCUAUAUUUAUGGAGGCAUGAGGGGCCCAGGGGGGCUAUAUGGUUUUAACACUAAAGGGUCAGGAAUACAUGUUUGUGUUCCUGACCCUAUGGUGAUCCUUUAAGCAUGGACAAAGUUGAUAGAAGUAUAAAUAAGUUUUACAUGCCUUCUAAAAAAAUAAUUAGAAAUAUUUUUGUAGCUCUGUCUGUACAGGUUUCUGUAUGUGUCAACAAAAGUCAAUCAUACCCUUAAACUACUUAUAAAACGUGUUUGAUUUUUUUUUUUUGUAUUAUUAUUCAAAAACUUUAUCCACUAUAAUUAAGAACAAAACAUCAGAGAUGACUGGAUUAUCUGCUUGUCUGACUUGUUUACCUUUGACCUACAGGAAUCACUUUUACGAAUGAUGGUCGGCACAUGGCUUUGGCUGAGAGACGUGAUUGCAAAGAUUACAUUAGCAUAUUUGUGUGUAAUGACUGGCGCCUCCUAAGGGUGAGAAAUACUUUGGUACACUUGCUAUGUGUCUGUCCAUUUAAUACCUAGAUUUCUUAGUACUUAGUUUGUAGAAUUUACUACACUACAUCCAGGGGACUUUCCUGGAUUAGUUCUUGGCAUUAAACAAGGGGCUCUAAACUUAGCUCUAUGAUCUUCAUUUUGACACACAUAUUCUUUGGACAAAGACAUGAUGUACAAAAGCUGAGUACAUUAAUUAGGAUGGAAAUGUUUGCUGUAACAAGAUGUUAUUGUAAAAAUGUUCUUUUAUCCAGAUAGUGCUGCAAUUACCACGCAUAAGUUUUGCAACUAUUUUCAUAGUGAUAGAAAAUUGAUACUAUUAGUAAUUGGGAGGUAUGUUUCUAUGUGUUUCUUAUUCUGCAAUGGUUUAUUACAGCUAAACAAUGCAUUCUAGUAAAAUUGACAGAAAUUAGUUAAGCAAACACGUGAUGAUGUUCCUAUUUUAAUGAGCUUACUGCCUCUUUAAUAUUGCUAGAGACUAAUAUUCAGCAUCCAAUUAUCUGUAUGUCACUAUACAGUCAUACAGUGCUUCUGUUUGUUUUCUAUUCUUGUGUUGGGAGUUGUUUAUUAUUUUAUUUGUUUUUUAACUUUGUAAAAAGUUAGGUCUGCCACAAAUUCCUGGCAUCUUGAAUUCGAGAGAUAUUCUAAACACCAGAACAACUUUAUCUUAAUGAAGCCGUUUUGGUGUAUAGAUCAUGCCCAUGCAGACUCACUGCUCAAUUAUCUGCCUAUUUAGGAGUUAAAUCACUUUUUGUUUCUGUUUAUGCAGCCCUAGCCACACACCACCUGGCUGUAACGCUCACAUCGGUCAUGAAAAAAACUUUCAUUUUCAAUCAGAUGUUGCUUUGCUAACUGAACUUUAAUUACACACAGGGUACUUCUGUAGGCCGAGUAGAAGAGGAAUUCUAAAUUAGUGUGCUAUAAAGGAAGUUGAAAUAUUAGAUUUCUCUUUACAGGAAAUGUUUAGGGAGACUCUAUAGAUCACAAGCAGGGGAGGUGUGACUAGAAGUGCAGAAAUAAAGUGAUUUAACACCCAAAAUAGCAGAGAACUGAGCAGGUGGUGUGUCGAGACAUGAACUAUAUACAAACAUGCUUAAUUAAGCUAAAUUAGGUUUGAUUUUUAUAGCAUUCUUCAGUUAGUUUUCCUUUCACCGUUUUUUGUUUUUUUUUAAAUAGAAGUUAUGUCACAAUCUGUGUAGCAGUGAUGCUCUGUAAAGUAUUAGAUUCACUGUAAGCAUUGAAAGACAUUUUAAACAUUUAAAUAAUCAUAAAUAGACAUCGAGAUUGUUCAGUGCAUGUCAAUACUCAGUAACUUAUUACUACUCUACUAUAUGUAGUGCAUGUUGAUGAAGUAUUUGACUGCUUCUUCUGUUCUCAUUUUUCAGCACUUUGAGACGGACACUCAGGACCUUGAUGGGAUUGCCUGGGCUCCCAAUGGCUGUGUCCUGGCAGUGUGGGAGUCUUGCCUGGAGGUAUCCUACAGAACAUCUUAAGCUUACCAGAUUUUAUGCGUAUAAUUUUGAGUGUCCAUGUGGCAUUUCUGCAAUAAACACCAUAUGGUAUUUUUCCUUUUGGAGCUGCUACACUGUAGCCUUUAAUGGACUACCAUAUCAUUUGUCACAUGAGAUGUUCCUGUUGCCUAUGCUGCCCUUUUAGUGAGCAUACAGUUCAGUCCUCAUAAUGUGUGACUUUGUAUAUGUAAUGUAUGAAUUGUCUUUCGAAUUAAAACAAUGAAUCGUUCUGUAUAUUUCAGUACAAGAUGUUGCUUUACUCUUUGGAUGGCCGAUUGCUUUCCACCUACUGUGCUUAUGAGUGGUCGCUGGGGAUUAAAUCGGUCACGUGGAGUCCGAGCAGCCAGUUCCUUGCAAUUGGAAGUUUUGAUGAAAAGGUAGAAAGGCAUGCCUAGUGUUUUUCAAUUACAAUGACAUGGAAAUCUCUGUAAUCAUGAUCUCUCUAUCCUUGUCUGUCUUUCUCCAAGGUGAGAAUUCUCAAUCAUGUUACAUGGAAGCCAAUCCAUGAACUAGUACAUUCAGCCACAAUCACAGACGCAAAAGCUGUAAGUACCAAUUCCUUUGGAACGUUGCAAAAUUGCAUUAUGUCUGUUUUCCAUUAAUUAAUCCAUAUUGGAAAGGAUGUAUUUUCCAACAGUAUGUUGAGGAUCAUGGCAGGUUGCUGUCCAUUUUUUAAUUUCCUCAAAACUGUUGCCAUAAAUGUCUUCAUCAAUGUCUUCCAUUGUUCCAGCAAAUCUUGUUUUUCCUUCACAGGUUGUGUAUAAGGAAGUGGAGAGAUGCCCAGGGAUUGCAACUGAUGAACUUACUUUUCCUUUACCAAAAGGAAAACCUAACAGCCUGUUUAGUAUCCGCAGUAAAUGUAAGAAAUCAGCCAGUCUUAUAUUUUAGUUCUGCAUCCUUCUAUUUCUCUGGGUGGAUAGGUGUGUGGUUUCUCAUUCUGAAGCCGGGUAUAAACUCUAUAGUAUAUUACAGCAAACACUCGUGCAGUUUAGUGAUGCCGGGUGUCGGAAUAUGACGUCAAAUUCCGGCAUCACUACAGACAGCGGGCGCGAGGGAGCAGUGAGCAGAAGGAAGACUGAGCUCCUCCCGGCCGGGUAAAUUUUAGCAAAGUAGGCACCUGCAAUGUGGAGAAAGCAGGUGCCUAUUUUGCUUUAACACGGAGCACGUCUCAAACCUGCAGCUCCGCGGGCCGCAAAGAUGUCCAUUGUUGUUAAUCAAUCAUUUUCUCAUUGAAACAGUAAUGCUAAGUAAUGUAUUGCUAUUUGGAAGUCGUAUACUUCAGAAGGAGGAGCUAGGAACCCUUGACAAAUAAUUUAAAUCUUGGAUCAAAAGAACUUAAAUUCUUCAAGGAGAUCAAACUAGGAUUUAUGGUUUUGCAGGGUAAAAUGCUGCGUGAAUUACAUAUAUUCACAUUUCAUACCAUUGCUGGUAUUGUAUGUAGUUAAUUUCACAGAAAGUAGCAGUAAAGGCAGGAACUUUAGCUGCUAAUACAAUCUGUUGCAAAUUUGAAUGUGUUGAUCUUACUAAAGCUUAAACUCGGUUUUGUUCUAGAUGAGAUUGUGAAUGUACCAGUAACUUUAAGAGGUGUUAAACCUGACUCCGAUCGGGCGAAUCCUGAACUUGGAAUUGGAAUAUUGGCGUUUAGUCACGAUAAUCGUUAUAUGGCAUCUAAAAAUGGUAAGCAAUGGAAUCAACUGCACAAGUGUGACCUCUGCGUCUCACGAUAUUAGUCAAUAGCAUAAGAUGGAAUAAAAAAAUAAUUAAAUGUGUUUAUUUAUUUAUAUAUAUAUAUAUAUAUAUAUAUAUAUAUAUAUAUAUAUAUAUAUAUAUAUAUAUAUAUAUAUAUAUAUAUAUAUAUAUAUAUAUAAAAAAAAAUUGGUUAUGUACUAAAUGUGCAAUAAAGUGUGUUUUUCCUUGAACUUCUUUGCCCUCUUUUAUUUACAGGCCCACUCGUACGUUGUUUUUCGGCACACCACAACCAACUUUCAUCUCAGCCACUAUCCAUUACGUAUUAAAUUCCGAGCACAAGUAGAAAGGCCAUUAGGCCUGAAUUUGUGGAAGGAGUAAGUCCCCUACUUAAACUCCCAGCCCCUACUCACCUCUGCCGGUCAAGUUGAUUGUCCCCACCCACCUUCACCCUUAUAGUAUUACAACUCUCCUUGGUGGGCCCUCUUUUAUUUACAGGCCCACUCUUACGUUGGUUUUCGACACACCACAAAAAACUUUCAUCUCAGACACUAUCCAUUACGUAUUAAAUUCCGGGAGCACAAAUAUAUUUUUAAACUUCCCCAACAUCCUCACCCAGUUAAUAUUGUUAAGAGACAGAUACAAAAAAUAGAUUACCGCGCCGAAAACAUAAUAAAACCCAUGAGUGAAGUCACAUAUAAAUCAUAUACAAGUACUUUUUUAUGUCUAUGGGGUCUUUGUCUGUUGCAGUGUAUGAUAGCUCAAAGAAAGUGGGAAAAAAGAGAGACAAUAAUAGUGCGGUAUAUCAUUAAUAAAGUAAAAUGGAGUGAUAUAACGAAAGCUCACUCACAAUUUACAGAGCUUACAAAAAGCUCUGCUGUGUUAAGCGUAGACGGUACAGUCCCCGUCACUGGAUAUAUUUCAGCUGUAGUGAUGGUGGACUUUAUCAGUAAAUGGACUAGAGCAUGGACCUGCUCUUAUAUUAAAGCGUUGUAGUGGUAUCCAUAAUAUUGUUCACAAUUGUAUUCUUGUCUUUUCUUGCAGAUAACAUGCCAUAUUCUGUUUGGAUAUGGAACAUCCAGAAAAUGAGAUUGUUUUCCGUUGUGGAACAUAGUUCGGCUGUCAAAUCUUUUGUCUGGCAUCCAAUUCAUCCUAGACUUGCCAUCUGCACUGGAAAUACCAGAGUAUAUUUGUGGUCUCCAACCGGUAGUGUUUCUGUGCAAGUGCCAGUGGAAGGUAAUGUAUUAGUAACAUAUAAGCAUCUCAAGGAAUUAAACAAAGUAUGAUAAGUGUGAUAUGUUCUACAGAAAAGAAAAGCUGCUAAAACAAGAUGACAUCAACGGGCAUUGCGGGGAAAUACCUUCCUUCUCGCAUAGGUAGUGGAGAUUAGGGACGUGGAAGAGUUCAAAUAAAUUUUAGAUAAAUUCAUGACUUUGAACGUGGAAUAAAAUAAAGAAUAUAUACAGGGCUAUUUACUAAACUUAGAAUUGUCUGGAAUUCAAAUUGGAUUUCAAAUUUACAUCCAAAAUAACCAAACUGGAACUGAAUUGGAGGAUAUUUCCAGUUUGGCUAUUUUUGUUGUAAAUUUGAAAUUUACUUGGAAUUCCUGACCAUUCUUACUUUAAUAAAACCCUGAUAGUGUUUUAAAUAGGAAAUUAAAAGACUAGCUGUGACAGUUGGUUUCCACUUGCUGUAAAAAAAUAAAUAUAUUUUUUUAUAUUCAGUAUAUUUAUUUUGGUGAAAUACAAGUAUAUGAAAGUACCUGGCCUGUCUGGUUGCAUUUAUCAUAGAACACUCUUGGUAGUGGUGUGGUGAUGUGAUAGAAGCAUAGUACUGAAUAUUCUCUUAAUGUUCCUAAUGUGUUAUUCUCCAGGUAGGGCUUGUGUACAUGUAGUACAGCUUUUGUGCUUUAGAUGUAAAUAAAUCCGUCUAUGAGGCUGCUUUGAAUACUAACCUUUGGCACUCCAGCUGCUGUAAACGGGGUUUGCCAGGAAGUUCUGCCAACACUUUUCCUGGCAGAGCAUCAUUGGAAAUAUAUAACUGAAGUGUGAAAGGUCAGCCGUAUACUGGCAUAGUAUUUUAAUCCCAUUGUGUGUCUCCUAAACUGAGCUGCAUUGUUUAAAAAGCGGUUUUCUUUCAUGUGUAAAUUUUGAAAAUUUGGGGAAAAUUUACAAUGUACACGUUGCCUCUUCCCGCACGUUUAGAAAAUCCGCUAGUCUAAUUAUGCACUGAUAUGUAAUCCCAAAUUUAUAUAAAGCCCCCUUGGCAAAGGCUAUAAGAAAAGUAAAAGAACGCGCCAUCACUAAAGUAAAAACAAACUGUAAUAGUAAUAUCCAUACUGAGUGUAUCAAUCACAUCACGCCAUGUGAUUUCUUAGAUGCAUUUUAUCUAAUACUUUAGAAGAAAUGCAAUAACGUUUUAUGACGGAACUGAAGCUCCUUCACUUCGGCUAGUGUGGAAACAAAUCUGCUACACGACGUAUGAGGACAAGUGAGACCAGUAAAUUAUAUAUAUCAUAUUGAUAUAUUAUAUUGUUUGCUCCCUCUGUGGCACAUUUUUUUUUCUUGAUUUCUUCCAUUCUUACUGUACAUGAUUAUAGUUUUUGAGGACAUAGAAUAUAAAGGGCAAACUUUUCCAUUUUAAAAUAAUACGCUUGUUUCUCAUUCUGUAUGUAUUCUCAUUCUAUCCAAUCUAGAGGCCUCACAUACAUCAAGUGCACUUCAAGCUAAUCUAAGUUUUCACUAGGCACCUCCUUGUGUUUGGUUGGCAUCGCCUCAAUCACAUCACUUCUUAGCAGUCAGUUAAAUGCUCCCUGUAUGUGAUCUUUGAAUUUUCUCCCAUCUGCCUCAGUCUUGAUUAUAUCAUUUGGACUCUGUAGCCAUCUAGCUAAGUCCUUUGUAUAAUACUAGAUAGCAGCUCAUGGUUUGCUAUAUCUUUUGUAUUGGCUUGUCUAUACUGUAAUGUCUAUUAAUGCUGAUUGUGCAGCAUUGCAGAAUAUGUUGGCUCUUUAUAAAUACAAAUAAUAAUGAUUUAAAAAAACAAACCCUUAUUUACCCUUUUAAAAUUGUUAAUGCACAACUCCACAGUUUAUUUUACAGUCUAGAGUAAAAGAUAAAAUGUGCAUCUCUCUUUAUUUAUUUUUUUUAAGAACAUGUAUUGACUUUAUAUAAAACUUCCUAACUGGAAGAGCACACAGAUCAUCAUUAAAUGUAUAACAUUCAUUCUAUUUAUAUGAACAAAAGGAUAAUUUGCUAAUCAUAAGCUAUAAACAGUGCUGCAGUCUUGGUGAUAAUCUCACAAACCUCAUGUAAAUGUAGACCGCUUAAAUCCUAGAGCGAUGGUGUCAAUCUGCAGCCUCAAUGCACGACAUACUGUUGGCAGUGAAGCAUCAGUGGACCUGAUCUUAAGAACUCCCAUACAACUAUCCUAAAUUUUAAACCAGUAUGCGGGGUUUUGUAUUUGUGUGUGUGUGUGUGUGUGUGUGUGUAUAUGUAUGUAUGUAUGUAUGUAUGUAUGUAUGUGUAUAUAUAUAUAUAUUUUUUUUUCCCAAACAUAUUGACAGUUAUGGUAAAUUAUGGAGUUUUAAUUUAGUUUUUUUGUCUUUUUCCUCUAGGCAUGUUUAAUGUCCUCUCAAUGUCUUGGCACCCAAUGGGAGAAGAUACUUUGCUUCUAAUGAGUAAGGAAAACUUGUGUUUAUGUUACUUGGAGUCUGAAGACAACGAAAACUAAAGUAAACAAAGCUAGUUUAUCACAGAACCAGCACAUUAUUAUUGAGUAGCAAUACAUGGAAGUAAUUAGUAUGCCUAAUUCUCAGGAAUAGUUUUUUUUUAAUCUGAUAGGCCUACUAAAAUUGAAUUUGUAUAAUGUGAUUUGCUCAGGGAUGUUUUCACAUUUCUUGUUAAAAGAAUGUACAUUAUGAUGUAAAUAUAUGUGUAGAUGUAAAGAUAUUUAAAUUUGCCAAUAAAUAAUUAUUUCACUA